CACCCACCCAUGACAUCCAAUCCAUCCUUCGCAUGUGCGUAGACAACCUUGGCCCAACUUUGUCGAGCAACACGGCCUCUCCUCUCAAAUUUCAACCUCAACUUACCAAAUACGUCGCGGAUUCUGUCAAGCUUCGCAGCAAAUAUACGCAAACAUGGUUGACAAGAUGGAUCGCGGUCUUGAUGAGAUCAUCGCUGAUACUCGCGCCAAUCGACCUCGCAACUCCCGUGGUCAAGGUCGCCGACGUGAACCCCGUAAUGACUACCCUCGCGAUGGUGUUAGAAAGUCCGCUCGCGACGAUUCACGAAACCUUGAUAGCGAAUGGGUCCAUGACCGAUUCGAAGAGAACAACAAUCGUCGAGCUCCUGCUCCUCGUCGCCGCCGCGAAUCCCCCGACCAGGAGUCCAAGGGCGCCAAGCUCAGAGUUGACAACAUUCACUAUGACCUCACUGAGGAAGACCUGGAUGAGCUAUUUCGAAGAAUUGGCCCAGUUGUUCGCCUUCAGCUACGGUAUGAUCGUGCUGGGCGAUCCGAAGGGACUGCUUAUGUGACGUACGAACUGAAGGAGGACGCUCAGGAAGCGGUCAAACAGUUUGACGGUGCCAAUGCCAAUGGCCAACCAAUUCGAUUGACUCUGCUACCCUCGCGAAACCCAUUUGAUACCGCCGUUAUGCCCGGCCGUCCACUGGCAGAGCGAAUCUCGAGUCCGGGGGAACGAAGAUCCCAUUCCCCCCAUCGCCGGUAUGAUGAUGAUGAUGCUGCCCGCAGAGGAAUCGACAGAUAUGUCCCCGGUCAGGGUCCUCGCCGCAGCCCAAUGCCUCGACAGGGUGGUCGGGGCCGCGGUCAAGGUGGCCGUCGCCCUGGAGCUCGACGCGAUGGCAGAGAUGGAGGCAGAGAUCAGGAGGGUGGACGCGGCGGACGAGGCAACCCUCGCGGAAAGAAGACACAGGAGGAGCUGGAUGCAGAGAUGGCGGACUACUUUGGCGGCGGUGACAACGCGCAGGCCGCAGAACCUGCUGACCAGCAAAUUGCACCCACUGCUCAAACACAGGCACCUACGCAGACUCAGGCUCAGGCUGCGACCGACGAUAUCGACAUGAUCGAGUAGCUUUGUUGCCAUGAUACUUGACUUUGGUAUCUGUCAUGUUCACAACUAUGUACAACACCAGAAUGUUUAGCGCCUUGCACCUAAAAUCCCACCUUCGCAGUUGUCAAUAAUAAUAUGGUCGCCUGUAGUCAAACAGUCCACAUGAAAAGAGAAGACAUCAACCUCCUUGUGUGUUGCGCCGGCUCCAUGCAUAUGAUAGCGACCCCUGUCAUUGUUAGUAACGUUUCGAUUGAGUUCGAAACAAAAGGGGAAAGAAACUCAUGGCAGGUUGCCUACCCCUGUGAAGCCCAGGUUUCGGCCUGUGACGAGGCCGUUGAAGGACAUGUCAACAUUGACGCUCAUGUUGAAGCUGAUACUGUUCCUGUUGCUCGGUCUUUGCUGCUGUGGUCUAUUGGCAUUGUGUCCAUGCAAUGUUGUCUGCUGGUUGACAGUUCUGGCCCCUCGCAUCAAGCCUCCAUUGUUCUGUGUUGAUACCCAGCGAGUAGUUUCGCUUCUUGUCUGAGUGAUUGUAAAUGGUGGCCCAGGGUUUGUUUUUUCACCUCGAUCUGUUGCUCUCCUCGACAGUUGCCGAGGAGGCAGCUCUUCCACGCUACAUUCUGAGUCUGAGUCAUAGUCUGAGGAGUCUUCAUCUGAUGUGUCUUCUUCGUCGGAUGAUAGAUAUACACUCUCGGCAUCGUCGGUAUCUCUGCCAGAUGACGGUUCAGCCCUUUUCUGCUUCUGCUUUGGUUGAUACGUCUUUACUGGUACUGUCGUAUCAGCUUCUUCGAUUUCGUCUGGCUGCCGAAGGUUUGAAGCUGGAAUAGUGUCCGUGUUCUUUUCGUUGCGUUUGUCUUGUGAUGAUCUGGUAGUUCUGGAUAAGGAUGCCGAUGCAGUAGUAUCAUGCUGAUGUUGAGGAGAAGGGAACAUCAUGGGCUGUCAGUUGAUGUUUUGUCGACGUGUUGGAAAUGAUCGAUGAACUUGUUGGGUUGUGGCCGAUAAUGAAUAGUUUGCAUUACGAGUUUCGAUUCUAUGCAAUUAUGUAUCUUGAGUGAUGAUGGUCUGGUCUAAUCUAUAUAAUAGCCUCGA